AUGCCAGUGGAAGAGAAAAAGAAGGGAAAGCGACGGGCGAAGAAGCCCGUGAACCCCGUGGCUCUCGAACAGGCCCGCGUGGAGGAGGCGGAGCGGCGGCGGCGGCAGGAAAAUAUUCUCGUCGCCCGCCUGCAGGAGAUGCGGAGCGAAGAGGCCGCCAUGACCCGCGAGGCGGAGGUCGCCGUGGAGGCGCGAUGGAUGAUUUUUCUGCGGGAAUGCAAGCGGAAGGAACUCGUGGCGGAGAUUGAAAUGGUGCGGCGGGCCUUCGAGACGGCCAUUGAUCGGAAGAACGCCAUUAUUGAAAUGUUGUUUGAUGACUUGGAUCAGGUGGAGGAGCAGCACCGACUUGUCUUUCAUGCCCACAUGACCGCAGUGGAUACACUCAUUCAGAUGCAGAGUAAACGCAUGGCCGAGUUGGAAGGAGAAUUUGAGGCGGAUCUUCUUGAGAUGAAGGGAGAUUACGAGAAGGAAAUGAUGGAAUUGGUACGUAAGCAUGAAUAUGAGGUGGCCGAUCUCAAACUUAUUCUUGAAAAUAUGGCAACAGAAGCAGAACAGUUGGAGAAGAAACUACAAGAAGAUACCUCAGAGGCACAUGAUACAGCAAUGGAAAAGAUGGAAGAAGAAAGAAAACAAAUGCAGAAUGAACUUAUUCGAAUGAGUGAAUAUAUAAGAGCUGAACUAGAUACACGUUACAAGGAGUUUAUGACAACAGCACAAGUUAAUAUGAAAGAUUAUAUGGAUAAAUCAAAGGAAGAUGCAGAAACUACAGAACGUAUUGCUUCGCAGCUUAAACGUAUUGAAAAAUUACAAGAAAGUGUAACCUCAUGGAGAACAAAUUUGGCUCGUAAUGCUAAAGAAUGGGAACAGAAAAAUAGUGCCAUUCAACAAGAAAGGGAUGCUACUAUUCGUCAUUUAAAGGCACUUAAAAAUAAAAUGCAAAACUGGAGAAAUAAAGAAGCUUCUAGACUUGCUGAAUUUAUUAAAAAUGCCAAGGAUAGUGAAGAUCAGCUACGUAAUGUAGCGAAACGGGCUGAGAAAAUCUUGAGACUGGUAGAACUUAGUAAACCUCUAGAAACAGAACGUGAACAGGUUCUAUCCUUUGAAUUAAAUGUAUCUACAAAUGAGAUUGAACAAGAAGUAAAACGUCUUAUUGCAAGUGAUGAUGUAGUACAAAAGGAUGAAGCUCUUGCCCCUGAUGGAGCCGCAUUCUCAGAGGAGUGGCGGUUGUUGGAACGUUUCUGGAUAAAAUACAAUAAGGUGGUGCUGGAUAAUGUCGCUAUCUCACAAGAGAAACAUCAUCUAGAGGAGGAAAAUCAAAAGCUUCAAGUCUUACUUAAACAAUACUUGAAUGAAAUUAGUGUCAAUGACAACGUUAUGCAAGGACCCAACACCCUCUUACUUACAAGUAAGGUUCCUAACGUGGUAGAGGCACAUAAAAAAUCGAACCAGCCUGGUCGUGGGUAUAAUACAGUGAUAGAAGGCAAUAAGUUUGUCCAAGAUGUAUCAAGACAAGUGGCACUUCGUUAA